CCCCGGUCUCUCUCCCGGCCGGCCCUGGGGGUCCCCGGCCUCUCUCCCGGCCGGCCCUGGGGGUUCACUGCUCCCUCUGCCCCCAGGCUCAGCUUGCCCGAGCGCUGUUUGACAACGUGGCCGAGUGCCCGGAGGAGCUCUCCUUCCGCCGGGGGGACCUGAUGCUGGUGCUGCAGCCCGAGGUGCCCGGCCUGGCCGGCUGGCACCUCUGCUCGCUGCACGGGCAGCAGGGCAUCGUCCCAGCCAACCGUGUCCGCAUCCUGCCCGAGCCGGGGCCCCCCGACCUCUCUCCGGCGCCCCGCAAGGAGAGCGCGCCAGCUGCCCUCUACGACCCGCCCCGGGGCCAGAGGAGGAGCAGCGCAGGGCAGAAGGAGGAGCAGCAGGAGGUGUAUGUGGUGCCCCCACCCACCCGGCCGUGCCCGACUCCCUGUGAUGAUAUCUACAAGGUGCCCCGUGCCACCUGGAGAGACAGGGACCCCAGUGAGGUCUAUGAUGUCCCCUGCUCCCUCCUGCGGGACGCCCCCCUCUCCGACACCUAUGACACCCCCUCGCCCUUCCCCAAGCAGGCGGCAGAGCCGGACGCCGACCCCUACAAUGUGCCCCCCCCGGCCAAGCUGCCCCCUGGCCAGGAGGAGGAAGAGGAGGAGGAGGGAUGGGAGGAAGAACCAGCCCCUGUCUACGCCACCCCCUCCAACCUGUGCCGGGUAUCCGCCCUGCUCAACCUGUACGAGUCGCCUGAGGAGCUGCUAGGGGGGGAGUACGACCUGCCGGGCCCCCCCCCGCCGGAGACAGCCCUGGGGGGACUGAGCCUGGGCGAGGCGGGGGGUGCGGGCGGGCGUCCCCGGCUGCCCUCAGCCGAGAGCCUCUCGCGCCGCCCCCUGCCCGCCCUGCCCUCGCCCGGCGCCCCCCGCAAGGGCAGCAUUCAGGACCGGCCGCUGCCCCCGCCCCCGCCCCGCCUGGGGGGGCUGGCUGGGGGGCCGGACGAGGGGGCGGGGGAUGGGCACAGCGAAUACGAGGGGAUCCGACUGGCGGAGGAAUACGACUACGUCCACCUCAAGGGGACAGACAGGCUCCAGCCCCCAGCUACAGACUGUGACCCCCCAGAGGAGGCGACCAGCCCCAGACCCCAACCAGAGACCCCCCUUUUGCUGGAGGAGGAAGAGGUACCUCCCAGCCCCGAGGACGCCCAGCUGCUGCAGUUCUACGCGGGCCAGUGCCGGACGCACUACGCCACCCUCCUGGCGGCCACGGAGGCCCUGCUGGCCAGCGCCGGGGCCAACCAGCCGCCGGGCGUCUUCGUGCCGCACGGGCGCUUCGUGCUGGUCACAGCGCACAAGCUGGUCUUCGUGGGCGACACGCUGGCACGCCAGGCGGCCUCAGCCCCCCUGCGGGCCCGGGUAGGGGCGGCCGCCGGCGCCCUGUGCCAGGCCCUCAAGGGGGCCGUGCUGUCGGUCAAGGGGGCGGCGCUGAGCUACCCCUCGGCCCCGGCCGCCCACCUGCUCCAGGAGCGCCUGGCCGAGCUCUCCCGGCGGGCCCUGGGCUUCACCAGUCUGCUCAGCACCCUGGCCCCCUCCUGACCCCCAGGACCUUUGACCUCUGACCCCCUGAUGCCAAUGAUCCUUGGGUGACCUCUGACCCCCUCCCCAGGGUCCUCUGUGCCAAAUAAACCCAUGACCUCUGACCCCUGACAAUUAGCCCUGUGUGGCCACUGGCCCCUUUCCCAUGACCUCUGACCCCCUGCCACUUGGCCCAUCUCACCUCUGACCCCUGUGCAUUGACCUCUGACAGUCCCAAAGCCUCCUAGCAAAUGAUCCCUAUGUGACCUCUGACCCCAAAGGCCCUAGCCAAACCAAUUGUGACCGCAGACCAAGGCCCUCCCACAUCCAGUGUCCUACUGCAGCCUCUGACCCCUGGCUAGUUCCCCCUAAGCCAAUGACACCGUGAGCCCUGGCCUUGACCUUUAGCCUCCCACAACUGAUCUCCGUUUCCCCCUUGACCUUUGCCGUCUGUCCCGCUUUGACCUGGGAGCCCCGUUACCUUCACCCUUGACCCCACCCAAGGGCUUCCCCUCCUGGCCUGCCCUCCCAACCAAAAAGCCCCUUGACCUGUGACCUCUGCCCCCAGUCCAGUUCCCGCCCCCCCAAAGCCCUGACCCACUUCAUAUGGGGGAAUCUUUGUAUUAUUUAUAUUUCAGGGUCUGGACUCAUGGAGGGUGGACGGGCCUCACCCCCCAACUCCGGGGACCCCAAAGUUGCUUGGGGGCAGGGCCGGCUCCAGGCAACAGCUUGUCAAGCAGGUGCUUGGGGCGGCCACUCCGGAGGGGGGGCGGCA